AUGCCAUUUGAGUAUAUUUUUGGGAAGGCUUCAUUUCUCGAAGACGAAUUUAUAGUGAACCGGCAUACUCUUAUUCCCCGUCCUGAAACGGAGGAAUUAGUUUCUAAAGUCAUUACAGAUCCUUAUUUUACUUACCUUCUUGAACGUUCAAAUAAAAAAAAUAUAAAAAUUCUUGAUAUUGGAACAGGUUGUGGAGUGAUCGGAAUUACUUUGAAAAAAUACUUUUCUAAUGCCGAUAUAACAGGGGUGGAUAUUUCUAGUUCAGCUCUUCGAGUAGCAAAAAGAAAUCAUCAAAGAAUUCUUCCUAAAUCUAUCAAGAAUGGAAUAAGGUGGAUAAAUGCAGAUGUUUUUUCAGGGGAAGUUUCCAAAAAGUUGAAUGAAGAAAGGUUCGAUUUAAUUGUUUCCAAUCCUCCCUACAUUGGUUGGGAAGAAAAAAAAGAUUUAUCUUCUUCAGUUGUCGACUAUGAACCUUCCAUCGCUUUAUUUGCAGGAUGGGAUGGAUUGGAUUUUUACAGGAAUUUGUCCUAUCAUCUUGAUGGGUGGCUUGAGAAGGAGGGAAUGGUUUAUUUAGAAUUGGGCUGGAAGCAAGGAGAGAAGGGAAAUACUAUGGAUGAAAUCAAUAAAGAAAAAGAAACCAAUGAAGACAAAGAAAUCAAUGAUGAGUCAGAAGAAGAAACUAUUCAAUGGAAUUUAGAUCCAGAGGUGAUUAAGGAACGGGAGCACGAUCAUCUUGUUUGUGUUUUGGAUUCCAAAGGCAAAACAUUUCGUCAUGAAAUCUUCAAAGAGUAUAAGGCUCAUCGUCCACCUAUGCCGAAUAGUCUUUCAAAGCAGAUAAAAGUUAUCGUUCAAGUGCUUGAUUUCUUGGGCAUUCCAGUUGUUUCAAAAACCUCUUUGGAAGCUGAUGAUCUCAUUGCUCAUUACUCGAGACAAUCACAAGAAGAAGUAGAAAUUUUCUCUCACGAUAAGGACUUGAUGCAACUAGUCAAUGAAAGAGUCCGUGUUGUUCAAUUAGAUCGCCAAAACCAACAGUAUGUGAUUUUUGAUCAAGAGAGAGUCGAAAAAAAAUUCCAGACACCACCCAACCAUCUUGUUGACUACUUAUCCUUGAUGGGGGACAGUAGCGAUAAUAUUCCCGGUGUAAAGGGAGUGGGUGAGAAAACCGCUGUCAUGCUCAUCAAUGAAUUUGGCGAUCUUGAUUCCAUCUAUAAAAAUUUAGAUAAGAUUCCAGAGAAACAUAGGAAAAAGUUGAUUCAGGAUAAGAACUCAGCAUUCAUUUCUAGGGAAUUAGUUUGCUUGAAAGAGCAAUUAAAUCGCCUUGACAAGUCUUUCAUCGAAGAUCUUCCUUCACUUAAUGAUCUCACUUAUCAGUCUUGUCAAGCUGAAAAAAUAAAAGACAUUUGGGAACUACAUGAAUGCACUUCCUUGAUUAAAAAGUAUUCACUCCUCCCACCAUUUGAAAAAAUUGAAGGGAAAACCAUCCUUGAGAUUUUGAAAGGUAUCUCACCAACUGAAAUUACAGAAGAUAAAAAUCACCUGAAGAGGUUCACUAGACACACCCUGCAUCAUGAAGAGUGGGGGGAUCUUGUUGAAACAAUAAAAUUACAAGGACAAUUCGUCUUCGAUUUGGAAACAACAUCUUUAGUUCCUUUCGAUGCUAAGGUGGUGUCGGCUGUUAUUGUAUUGCCAAAUCAACACAGUUAUUACAUUCCAGUUGUGACCCAUAAACUAGACUUAGAAAUGAAGUGGAUCGAAACUUUUAAAAAAGUGCUUGGAAGCAAUGAGAUAAAAAAAAUUGGACAUAAUCUUAAAUUUGAAUAUUCUAUCUUAAAAGAAAAGGGAAUUGAACUUAACGGAAUCGAGCAUGACACAAUGAUUCAUGCUUACAUGACUGAGCCAGACCUCAAUGCAUUCAAGUUAGAAGACCUGAUUCAAAGUCAUUUUGGGGUGAGUAAGCCUAGCUACAAAGAGAUGAGUAAGGGGUAUGAAAGCAUCCUUGAUAUUCCAAAGGACCUAUUGGAGGAUUACACUUUUCAAGAUGGGGAGUACACGACUUUACUUUAUGAAAUUCAAGUAAAAGGAAAGGCACUUAAUGAUAAGGAGUUGGACAUUUACAAAAACUGGGAAUUGCCUCUUCUUGUGGUACUUGCCAAUAUGGAAUUUGAAGGAGUUGUUAUUGACACGAACUAUUUAAAAAAUUUAGAAAAAAUUCUCCAAACAAGUUUGUCGAUUACUGAAAAAGAAAUUAUCGAAUUAGCUGGCGAGGAUUUUAAUAUUAAUUCGACUAAGCAACUUCAAACUAUUCUUUUUGAAAAAUUGUCAAUUAAUCCUGUUAAGAAAACAAAAACCGGCUAUUCCACGGAUAACUAUGUUUUAGAGAGAUUAAAAAAGAAUUAUCCGAUUGCUGAAUCUUUAUUGCAACACCGCAAGACAGCUAAACUUCUCAAUACUUAUGUGGAGGCACUUCCCAAAUUAGUUCAUCCUCGUACAGGUCGUAUUCAUACUCAUUAUAAUCAAUCCGUUACGGCUACAGGUCGGCUGAGUUCCACUUCUCCUAACUUGCAAAACAUUCCAGUUAGUGAGGGAAGCCAGGGCAUCCGUCGUGCUUUCGUGGUUGAUUCGGGUUACGAAAUUGUAUCCAUUGACUAUUCCCAAGUAGAAUUAAGGAUUGUGGGUUUUUUAUCUAAGGAUGCCAAACUUCUAGAAGCCUAUGAAAGUAAUCGGGACAUUCACACUCAAACCGCUCACCUAUUAUUUGGAAAGCCGAUGGAGGAUGUUCUCUCGGAGGAGAGAAAAAUUGCCAAGACGAUUAAUUUUUCAGUUAUCUAUGGCAUAUCGGCUUUCUCAUUAGCAGAAGACUUGGGCAUACCCCGUAACGAUGCUCAAGUGUUUAUUGACAUAUUUUUUUCAAAUUACUCCAAUGUGAAGAGUUAUCAAGAAAAAAUCCUUCACCAAGCUAGAACAAAUGGUUGGGUGGAAACUUAUUUCGGAAGGAAACGUUACAUCAAGGACAUUAAUUCUGAAAACAUGAUUGUAAAAAACCGUGCUGAGAGAAUCGCCUUCAACACGGUCAUUCAAGGGACUGCUUCCGAUAUCAUUAAACGAGCAAUGGUGAAUGUUCAAAAAAAAUUUGUAGGUUCACCGAUCAAAAUGGUCAUGCAGGUGCAUGAUGAAUUGGUUUUCUAUGUGCCUACAGAUUUAGUUAAAAAGACCGUCCCUCAACUUGAAAAAUUAUUAAUUGAUAUUACACCUUUUGACGGAAUAUUAACCGUCAAUACUACAAUAGAGAAGCAUUGGGGGUAG